AUGGCCUUACCCGAGCUGUUGCUACGGUGCCUUUCGAGCGGGGAUUCACGACAAGAUGCGGAGAUGCAAGUCUUGCAGCUGCAGAAGCAGGACUCUGCUGGCCUUGCUUUAGCUUGUGCCCAGAUAUUGGGAGAUGUGAACAUGUCCAUAGAGAUCCGGCACUUGGCGGCCUGCCUCUUAAAGAAUCAGCUGCCUGGUGUUGCCAGACCCGAGACGCUGUCGACACUGCAGAUGGCCAUUUUGCAGGCCUUCGAGUGCCUGCACCUUUGUCCCACCGCCGCGCUCUGUGCCGCGCGCCUCGCCACUCGUGGCAAGGCCUGGCCGCAGCUGGGGCCGCAGCUGCUGGCACUGGGGCAGCGAGGCUUGGCUGAGGAAGCUUUAAAGGUCAUGAGCAUUCUCGCAGAGGAAGGCUACCACGACUCGGUGGAGGACAUGACCGAGGCUGCCUUGACAUCACUGCGCUCGGGCACCUUGCCAAUCCGCUUGGCUGCUUUGCAGGCAUUGACCUCGCUCAGCCAUGUGGCUCAGGCGAAGGCCGCUGUUCUUGCAGCUGCUUUGCAAGCUGGUGAGAAGCCUGAACUUCGCUGUCGGGUAUGGGGACUGCUUGAAGCCUGUGUCGAGGGCUGCUACAACAUCCUUUCCUUGGCUGACCUAGACAAGUUGAUGGUGAUCACCCAGAUCUCGGUGGCCGAGGACCCUGAUGAAGUGGUCGCCGAAGCGUUGCACGUUUGGGAGGCCCUGGCAGCACAGGGGCUCCAGCGUGGAGGUGUUUUCGAGGAAGUGGCACCAGUUCUGCCAAAAGUGCUUGUGCCACUGGUGCUUAACACCUUGGAGAGAAAGCAGCUUGGAUGGCAAGAAGAGGACUCUUCUUUGGGUCUACAAGAAUCUGCAUGCCAGUGCCUCAUGGCCAUGUCUGAGGCUUUGGCCGAUCGCAUCUUGGAGACGAUCCUGGCCUUUCUACGAAUGGCCUUUGCUUCGGAGGAGCCAUGGCAAAGGCGGGCAGCAUUUUUGGCCUUCGGGGCAGUUCAGGAGGGCCCGGCCGCGCAGACGUUGCAGCCCAUGAUCCACAAGAUGCUUCCGCUCUUGCUGGAGGCCUUGAAGGCUCCGGACACCGAAGCCUCGGCGGCCGCUUGGGCACUGGGUCGAGUGCUGGAACGGAACCCGGCCUCCGUGCCCGACGAGGCGCAGGCUUCACUCUUUGAGCUUGCCAUUGUGCGAUUGCGAGAGCCGGCUUUGGCUGAACAGCUUUGCUAUUGCUUGGAAGAGAUCGCUGAUCAACAGGCCGCGGUCUUGGAGCCAAUGCUCUUUGGCCGCGUGGUGGAAGCGCUGCUCUCCGGUGCAACUGAGGUGGAAGAGGAGAGCCGUGCACACCUGGCUUUGUUUGGUUGCCUCCUCGACAUUCUUGGUCGGGCUGGAGAGGACUGCUUGGAGCAGAUGGAGCUGGUGCUACAAGAGGUGAUGCGCCGCCUGCAGCUGAACCUGGCGCAUGGCCGGCCUGGCGCUCACAGCCUCUUCCGCAGCCUCCGUGUGCUGUUCUUCCGACUGGGUCCACGUGCAACUCCCAGGGCGGAGCAGAUUGGGGAGUUGCUGAAGCGAAGCCUCAGCUUGGACGCCACAGAGGAGGAGGCCCUUCGAGUGAUUGGCUCCCUUGCUUUGUUGACCAACACCCAGGCGUGUCUUCAGGCCUUGGGUCCUUUCCUUUUGAAGGCCUUGCAGCAGCCGGAGAUCCCCUGUGCCUGCAAGGCGGCCACCCAGGCCAUCGCGCAGCUUGCCAAGGCAGUCGGCGAGGCCGCCAGCUGCAUCUUGCUGCCCGCAGCCGACGCCUUGGUGCCGCUGCUAGCAGUGCAUCCGCUUUGGGCCACACGGUGCUUGGCCGCGAUCUUCCAGGUCCUGGGUGCGCGAACACCUCGUUUGCCAGAGCUCUUGACAUCGAUGCGUUCGGCAUUGACCAGGAUCUUGGAGGACAACGGGCAAGUUGCCCAUACUGACCUGCCUGGCAGAGGACCCCGUUUGCGUCGUGCUUGGAUCUCUGAGCGGACGGCAAUCAAAGAUGGGAGAGAGAGUGGGAGAGAGGCAUUGCUGGAGGCCGUGCUCUCAGCCCAUGAAUCUCUUCUACGCUGCAGCCGAAGUCAAGGUAUGCCGCUAGGUGUGCCUUUGGCGGAUGCCUGGCUGCUCUCCCUGCUCCCACACUGCCAGACCUCCUGUGCCAAGCGCACUGCCUUACUCAUGCUGGCGCACUUGGCAGAGGAAAUGCCGGGAGACUUGCGGGCAUUCCUUGCAGCAGAUGGCCACGCAAGGGCAUGCGUGUUGGAGCUUGCGACUGUGGGCGCAGCCGCCGCGAAUAAAGCGCAGCGGGAAGCAGCAGAGAAGCUUCGGAAGGUUCUCUAA